AGAAAAGAAAAAAAAAUAUAAUAAAGCGAAGUGCACCUCGUCAUCGCGUCUGCUUGCGCGCAUGGCUACCGCAUCUGCCUCGCAGCCGGCGAAGGCCCACGUGACGCAGGCGCCGGCGAAGUCUGCGCUACUUGGCGGCGUUGGGGAUCUGGACGCGGCCGUGUCCCUCCGCCUCCACGCCCUGUUCCUCCCGGUUCCCCGCCUCCUCCUCAAGGCCCUCGAGGUCGCCGGCGACGGACGAAUCUGGCUCCCCGUCCCCAUAUCCCUCCUCCUGAUCUCCACCACCACCUCGUCCAAGGUAUCCCCUCUCCUCGCCGGCCUCGUCGCGGGCCUCGUGCUCGACAUCCUCUUCGUCGGCGUCGCCAAGCUCAUCGUCCGCCGCCCGCGCCCGGCCUACAACGCCGCGGACAUGUACGUGGCCGUCGCCGCCGACCACUGGUCCUUCCCCAGCGGCCACUCCUCCCGCGCCUUCCUCGUCGCUGGCUUCCUCGCCGCCGGUGGCUUCCCCAAGGAGGCGCUCUUCCUCUGGGCGGCCGCCACGUCGGCGUCCAGGGUUCUUCUUGGCCGGCACUACGUCCUCGAUGUCGUCGCCGGGGCUUGCCUCGGGGUGUUCGAGGCCUGGCUCAGCUCUUUGUUGUUGACGUCGAUGUGUACUCGCAUCAGCUUCCUUGUGUGCUAGCUAUUGUUCUUGCACGACUGGGAUAUAGUAGUAGCAUUUCCGUCGCAGUUUGCAAUUUUAUGAGCGGUUCAAGUUUAGCGAAUGCACUCUGUACUUAAUUCUUGAAUUGGGCAUUGUGUGAAGCAGCGAAUGAGUGAUCA